CAUUUUUGCAUGUAUUCGAGCUGAAAGGGCUUAAAAGCGAUUCGCAUGUUAACAGAUUACUAAAUUUAUUCACUAAACAUGCGAGACGAGGUGCGGUGUCAGUUGUCUAGCUGCCUCCUCAGGUGUCAGCUCCCUGUUAGAAACUGUCCCUCCAUUUGUCAACUCCUUGUUAAGGGCUGAGUGCUACACUGCAAUCAGUUCUCACUUUCGCCUGACUUCCCAUCUAAUGACAAUAUGGAAAAAAUAUUAUAGGGGGACGGCACAAUAAUAUUAUUUUAUUUUUAUUUAUUUAUUUAUUUGGUUGCAUAUUAAUUGAUAAAUUUGCUGUAUUGACGUCUGAAAAUGGAUCAGUCUAGAGGGAAAUCUAAAUCCUCUCGCUGAGGAGGCUGGUAAUAUCUGAAAGAAGUCACCCAAUGAUGUGUAUGGAUUAUAUAAAUGUGGAAGCUGUGUAAAGUACAAAGAUGGACAUACAAUCAAGUUCGGCUGACCUGUCUGAGAUGUUGGCUGCGGGUACCAAGGAGUCCCACACCAAAACAGAGAUUUCUCAGCUGGGCAGAGACUUCUACAGAGGCAUCGUCAAGAAGGACAUCCUCAAGAAAGGCAUAGAAGCUCUGUACUUCAUCUAUUCGGCCAUGGAGGACGAGCUUGAGAGGAAUAAAGACCACCCUUACAUCGCGCCGAUCUAUUUUCCUACGGAGCUUUACCGCCGCGAAGCCCUGGCCAAGGACCUGCAGUACUUUUAUGGAGCAGACUGGGAGAGCCUGAUAAGCCCCUCUGCAGCCACAAAGCUUUGGGUGAAACGGAUCCACGAGGUCGGGAAGAAAGACCCGGGGAUGUUGGUGGCCCACUGCUACGUCCGCUACAUCGGAGAUCUAUCAGGCGGACACCUCCUCAACAAUGUGGCCAAGAAGGUCCUGAGGCUCCCCUCAACGGGGGAGGGUCUUAAAUUCUACCAGUUUGAAGGAAUCACCAGCCACAAGGGCUUCAAGCAGCUUUACCGAAGCAAGCUGAAUGAGGUGGACGCGGAGAUGGAGACCAAAAUGAGCAUUGUGGAGGAGGCCAACAGGGCCUAUGGCUAUUCCUUGAAGGUCAUUGCAGAGCUUGAGGAAAUUGGAAAGAGCAGCAAGGAAGAGCCUGUAGGUUUAGGACACAGUCAUGCAGGUGCCAUGGGAGAUGAUGCCAAGUGCCCGUUCUCUGCAGGGACAGCAGGUGCCGGUGAGAACGCCAACUACGUCAGCCAUAUAUCCAAUCAGCUGGCUCUGGCCGCCUUGGUUGCCGUCCUUGCUGGGUUCACAGCGUGGUACGCGCUGAGGGCUCCUUGAAGAAAGAAACUUGUCCACCCUUUAUUACAAAUGCCGCCCGUCUUUGUCCAGCAAAUGAGACAUCAGUUUAGUAUUAGCAUUAUAUUAGCACUUUCAGGGCACUUAUUUAAGCUCCCCCCUUGUGGAUCAUGUAUCUUUUGGCUUCUGGUGCUGUAGUUCAGAAAGCAAACAGCUUUCCUGAUGUUGCGCAUGUUGUGUAACAAUGAAUAUGCUUGCAAUGUGUAUGCCGUGGUCAGCCUGCAAGGAGUGUUUAAAGAACCCGAGAACCUUGAAACGGUUCAACCUCUAGCAAGGAGACUUGCUGUAUUUCAUAUAAACUGAAUUUAAGAUUGUGCAGAGGAUGUGAGGCUGUCUAAAGAUGCUCUGUACAAAUGGUUGUGUAUUUGUUAAACAAUAAACACGUUAAAUGUCACAA